CUCCAGGCAUUAUAAUACAAUAAUUCAAUCUGCAGUAGCUGAUUCACGGUAUGAGACAAAAGUGAACAUUUGACGCGCAUUUUGGAGUAAUAAAAGUUGUCUUUAUCAACCGCGUCCGUCAGCUUUCUCUACCGAGUACAUACAACAUAUCUAGGCUGGACGUCAUUGUCGGCAGUCAAGCGAUCCAAGCCCGAACCUGAGCAAAAGCAUCCACAUUACGACUUCCUUCCGCCUCAAAAUCGACCUGGCCACAACCUCUGCGCGCGAGAUACGUGCUUCAAGGGCAACCAUUGCUGUCGUAGCUCCCAUCAUUCCUUUUGGGAAGGCGCAAUCAGAAAGUCCGGCAGUCCCAUUUGUGACGCUGCUGCGCUCUGUAUCAUCAUGAACCAGGCACUCGAUGGAGAGACUCUGUCUCCAACUGGCAUGCAAGUGGACGGCGACGAAUACGUUGUUGAGCCUCAGGAGGGCGAGCCGGACGAUGUCGCCAUAAUAAACACAGACGAGGACGGAGAGCAGACUGCUGCUUUGCCAACGGCUGAUAACUAUGAGGCGAUGAAGGCCGUGGUUCUGCCACGCUUAAUUGAAGAUCCCGAAAUUUUGGCGGAUGCUGUACAUACCUGGAAUAUAGAGCGGUGGACGGAACUUGGGAGGAAAGAACAUGGCCCUGUUUUUGAGGCUGGGGGCAACCCAUGGCGCGUUCUUAUGUUUCCUUCUGGAAACAAUGUUGAACAUUGCUCGUUUUAUCUGGAACAAGGGUUCGAGGAAGGUAAAGUGCCUGAUGACUGGUACUGCUGUGCACAGUUCAGUUUGGUUCUGUGGAAUCCGAACGACCCUUCGCUGUACACAUCCCAUACGGCUCAUCACCGCUUCACAAAGGAAGAAGGAGACUGGGGGUUCACAAGAUUUGUAGAGCUGCGAAAGCUCUUCAAUGUUGAGUGGGACUCAUCUGGCAGGCCCCUGGUCGAAAAUGAAGCGGCAAACAUGACGGCAUAUGUCCGCGUGGUGAAGGACGAGACUGGAGUUCUAUGGCACACAUUCAACAACUACGACUCCAAGAAGGAAACUGGCUACGUCGGAUUGAAAAAUCAAGGAGCCACGUGUUACUUGAACUCGUUACUCCAGUCUCUAUACUUUACCAACGCAUUCCGAAAGGCGGUGUAUCAAAUACCGACAGAGGACGAAGAGAAUCUUGCUAACAGUGCUUAUACCCUUCAACGCCUUUUUUACCAACUGCAAACGUCGCCUACUGCCGUCAGCACGAACGAAUUAACCAAGUCGUUCGGGUGGGAGACCAGGCAUAUUUUCGAGCAGCAGGAUGUCCAGGAGCUUUCACGCAAACUUAUGGAGCGAAUGGAGGAGAAGAUGAAGGGCACCGAAGCCGAGAAUGUUCUUCCAAGGCUCUUUUGCAUGAAAGUGAAGACAUACAUUUCAUGCAUUAACGUCGACUACGAAUCCAGCCGCGUGGAAGACUUCUGGGAUAUCCAAUUGAAUGUCAUUGGAAAUAAAGACAUUGAGGAAAGUUUCAAAGACUACAUCGGGGUUGAAAAGAUGGACGGCGAGAAUCAAUAUUUCGCAGGGGAGGUGUUCAAAUUACAGGAUGCCAACAAAGGGGUUAUCUUCCAAAGCUUCCCGGAAGUCCUACAUUUACAACUGAAGCGCUUUGAGUAUGACAUGGAACGGGAUGCGACGAUGAAGACAAACGACCGUUACGAGUUCCCAGAGACAUUCGACGCAUCACCCUACUUGGCAGAAGAUGCUGAUAAAUCUGAGCCAUAUAUAUACCAACUCCACAGUGUCUUGGUUCACAGCGGAGAUCUGAAUGCUGGCCACUAUUAUGCAUUUAUCAAGCCAACCAAGGAUGGAUGCUUCUACAGAUGUGACGACGACAAGGUAAUAAGAGCGACCAUGCGAGAGGUGCUAGAAGACAACUUUGGCGGCGAAGUCGACUAUGUGAAUGGUCAAGUAAAGCCAGCCUUCCAAAAGCCUCCAGUAAUUCGACAGAACAGUGCAUACAUGCUUGUCUACAUCCGCCGCUCCCGGUUGGAUCAAGUUUUGUUGCCGGUCACGAAAGAGGACACCCCUGAACAUCUCCAAAAGAAGUUAGACGAAGAAAAUGCUCUGAGGGAAGCUCGGCGAAAGGAGCGAGAAGAGCAGCACUUGUAUCUAAAUGCACGGGUGAUGACUGAUCGAACUUUCAAAGAACAUUCUAGCACAGAUCUCACGACGUUCGAUGUCAAUGAAAGGGAACCGGGUUGUGCGAAGAGCUUCCGCGUUCUGAGGAGCUCAACCAUUAAAGAUCUGGCAACCCGGGUUGGUGCAGAUAUCGGUCAAGAUCCGCGUCGGAUUCGAUUCUGGUUCAUGGUCAACAGACAGAACAAGACUGUUAGGCCAGACCAGCCAAUUACCGAUGUCAACCAAACAGUUGAACAGGCACACCAAAAGCUAUCUGGGACAAAGACACAAGAAAUCAGGUUAUGGGCAGAAGAAGCUGAAGAAGUUGACGCGGCUGGCGAACCAAUUUGGCCUGGACUUCCCAGUCCGCAGGCCAAUGGCUCGCAAAAGAGUGACAGCAUACUGCUUUUCUUGAAAUGGUUUGACAUUGACAGCCAGGCCCUGAGGUGCAUUGGCCAUGUUUACAUUGGCAAAGAGCGCAAGGUUGAAGAUCUUGUCCCGUUAAUUCUCCACAAAAUGGGAUGGCCGGAUAAAUUACCAAGUGGCGAUCGAACCCAGCUCAAACUCUACGAGGAGAUCAAGCCACAAAUGAUCGACCCCAUGAAGGGAAAGCAAACCCUGAAAGCAGCGGAAUUGCAAGAUGGGGAUAUUAUUUGCUUCCAAAAAGCGUUGGGCGCCAAAGCUGCCCACGAGCUUGAAAAAGAUGCCAAAAAUAACAGGAGUCUCACUAGCCUCUCAUCCAGUGUCGACUUCUUAAGUAAUGCUAACCGCUCACCUUCACAUCCCUCUGCACCUCGUCCGUCAGAUUUGAUCGAGGAUGCGCAGCAGUUCUAUGAUUAUCUUUUGUACAGAAAAAUAGUUCACUUCCUACCAUAUUCUAAAACAGCUGUCGACAGGCAAGAGGUCCUGGACAUUGAGCUGAGCUCGAAAUACUCGUAUGACCAAAUUGCGGCAAAGGUAGGCGAGAAGAUCAACGUCGACCCUACCCACCUGCGGUUCCAUACGGUCAAUGCCACAACCGGAGCACCAAAAGCACCAAUAAAGCGAAGCUUGAACCAUACUCUACACACUAUUCUCACUCCGCCGUAUACAACGUUUGGAAAUAACAACCAGAGAGUGGAUGAGCUAUAUUUCGAAGUUCUUGAAAUGAGUCUGUCUGAGCUUGACACCAAGAAAAGCCUCAGGAUAAUAUGGCUCAGCGAAGGGAUAACAAAAGACGAAACUUUUGAUGUACUUGUCCCCAAGAGCGGAAAUGUCACCGAUCUCAUAUCAGGCCUCAUCAAGAAGGCCAAGUUAGAUGACGAGGAGACUGCAGGUCCCAUCCGAGUCUAUGGGAUCCACAACAAUAAGGUGUAUAAGGAGAUGAGUCCUGAAUACAGCGUUGCGAGCAUCUCCGAAUACAUCACACUUGUUGCGGAGCGCAUUCCUGAAGAGGACGUCAAUGUUGAUCCUGGCCAUUUUAUCCAAGCCUUCCAUUUCCAAGGCGAACCUAACAAACCCCAUGGAUUCCCUUUCAAAUUCUCUAUUCAGCGUGAUGAGAAAUUUUCUGAGACCAGGAAACGCCUCGAGAAGCGGACAGGCAUCAAAGGCAAGAAUUUUGACAAGAUCAAAUUUGCCGUUGUUAAGCGUAGCUCUUAUUCAAAGCCAACAUACCUAGAAGAUGAUGAUAUAUUAUGGGACGUUGCUACUAACGAUGACGACCUUCUUGGCCUUGACCAUGUUGACCGGACGAGAUUAGCACGCAAUGGCGCAGUUGAUCUGUUCCUCAAGUAGGUUUAUGAGACUCUGAAAGAGCUAUGCGAUGAUUUGUCACGCCUGUCAUGACUGGAAAUAAAGAUAUUGGGAUUGGCACACGAUGGGUUGUGGUAAACUAUUCAUAGGAGCUUUAAGGGGAAGUGGUAGAAAACUGCAUGGCGCAGCGCAGCGGUUAAAACAGUUCGAUGGAUUUAUACAAACUGUACAACAACAAACCAUAGUAGUAACAACAAUGUGCAUAGUUUGAAG